CGCUGUUACGGCGCCACGAUGGUCAUGCGCUCGCUGUUAGUUGUGCUAUUGAGAAAGGCUACGGAUGCUCUGCCUGCAUUAUUGCUCGUCUUCGCCGUAGUUUCUUCUCUAGCUUCCACCACGUUCAGAGUGGAGAUUGAUUUCUAGCCGGACUAGAAUCGUUGCGACGAUGGGUCGUUUGAAAAGCAGUUCGAAAAAUUCGGCCGGUGGGGGUGCUAUGAAGAAGAGCACGACUGGCAGCGGCUCUACUGUCACCAACAGUCAGCAGUUGACAUUCAAUACCGGUCUGGGCCAGCAUAUAUUGAAAAAUCCUCUUGUCAUUCAGUCAAUGGUCGAGAAAGCAGCUGUGCGUAGUACGGACGUGGUUCUCGAAAUCGGUCCAGGAACAGGAAACAUGACCGUACGACUCCUGGAGAAAGCGAAGAAAGUGGUAGCUUUUGAAGUCGACCCCCGAAUGGUCGCCGAACUACAGAAGCGUGUGCAAUGCACACCAUUGCAGCAGAAACUGCAGAUUAUCGUCGGGGAUGUCAUAAGGAAUGAUUUGCCCUUCUUCGAUCUAUGCGUGGCGAAUAUGCCUUACCAGAUAUCUUCACCCUUCGUUUUCAAGCUCCUUCUCCAUCGACCCUUCUUCCGUUGUGCAAUCUUGAUGUUCCAGAAGGAAUUCGCUCAGCGCCUUGUCGCGAAGCCCGGUGAUAAAUUCUACUCUAGACUAUCCGUCAACACUCAGCUCCUGGCUCGAGUAGACAUCAUAAUGAAGGUGGGCAAGAAUAAUUUCCGACCGCCGCCCAAAGUCGAAUCAGCAGUGAUCCGACUCGAGCCUAGGAAUCCCCCUCCUAAUAUCGAUUACACGUCUUGGGACGGCCUACUCCGGGUGUGUUUCGUUCGGAAGAACAAAACUUUGGCGGCAGAAUUCACGCAGGGCUCAGUUCUGCAAAUGCUCGAGAAAAACUACCGGAGUUUGGCCUCGGUGAAGAAUCGCAGUCUCCCGGCAAGCUUUGACAUGAAACAACUCGUCAAGGAUUGUCUCGGAGAAUACGCGGAAAAACGAGCUCGUCAGUUGGAUGUCGAUGAUUUUCUACAGUUGCUCUUGAAUUUCACCUCGAAGGGUGUCAUGUUCAAUGUUACUUAAUUAAUAUGUUUUGUACAUACGCAAUGUUUGACGAAUAAAUCGACACGAGUUGGACGU